ACUCAGUUUUUUAAUAUAUAACAUUGUAAGAAAUUUUUUAUUUAGAUUAUGUCUGUUGGCUCUCAAGAGAGUGAUUAUGGUGACUUGACAAAUUUUGAGCUGUCGGAAUUGUUGAUGUUUGAUGAGUGGAUACAGAAUGAUGAUCAUUACCAAACUUCUCUUCUUUCGGUUAAUUCUAGUGCCGAAAUUCCGGUUUAUCGAGCUCAGGUGAUCGGCGAAUCAGGCGGUGAUGCGGGUGGAGAUGAGAGGGAGAAGAAGCAAGAAAUUAAAGAGAGAGUGGCAUUCAAGACUCGGUCGGAAAUUGAGAUACUGGAUGAUGGAUUCAAGUGGAGGAAAUAUGGCAAGAAGAUGGUGAAGAACAGCCCUAAUCCAAGGAAUUAUUAUCGAUGCUCGGCGGAAGGUUGUCCAGUGAAGAAGAGAGUAGAAAGAGAUAGAGAUGAUCCGAGUUAUGUGAUAACAACCUAUGAAGGCAUCCAUAAUCAUCCAACUUCUUCUUAGCUUGAGCUAGCUGAUCGAUCAUGUCCCACUUAAUUUUCAAACAUAUGUAAUAUAUGCAUUUUUUUUGUUGGUGAGGGAUGGUCUAAAGACGUUGCUGGUCUGAAAUUAUCUUUGUAUGCCAAUUUAAAGUAUUAUUACUACAUUUGGUCCAAACAAAAUUAGUUUGUAUAAUUCAUCAAUCAUAUAUAGUUUCACUUUUACUUGUUAGAAGCUAGACAAGUUUGGUA